AUGCCUCCUGACUUAUCUCCACACUUGCAGGCUGAAGAGUGCAACAUCUUGAUAAACUUGCUUAAGGAAAGUCACAAAAAUUACAUGGAAAAGAGGAUCAAGAGCCGGGAGCAUGGUAAUGCCAUGCGAAAGAGAUUAUUUAAUCCCCUGGAGGAAUCUGAAAAAUAA